AUGUCAGUGCUGUCUCCUGAGGCCAAAUUUGAGACCUCUAAAGUCACCAGAAGUUCUCUGGACAAUUGUUUUCUUUUCGAGAGUAGUUGGAGGAAAGCAGUUUUAGAAACACAAAAGAUGAGGAAAGCAUUUGGUCUAGAGGAGCCCAAAGACUGUAUCAAAAUGCCAUAUUUACCAGAUUUGCCAAGUUGUCAAAAGACCAUAAAUUCACCUUCACUAGAAGUCCACAAACGACUGCUGCAUGCCGACAACGAGAUGCCUACAAUCAGGAUAAAGAAGACUAAGGAGCCAUGUGCCCUCGCACCACUUCAGGAGAAACCAAAAGAUUCCGGCUUCAGCAACCCUUUCACGGGAGCACCGUCGCAGUACCUACAGAGGCUUUCCAGAAUGGCAGUGUUGGAGUAUGACACCAUCCGCCAGGAAACACACAAAAGAUCCAAAAAAGGCAAAAGGCGAGAGCUACGAGACUGCUGA